CUUGCCACGUCUAAAUUGACUGCUUGUCACGUCACGACGGUUUGCUCUACCUCUGAGUGCUACGAGGGCAACUGAGCUUCCUCCAAUGUAAUUAUCUUCUUUGUGUUUAUUAUACAUUUGAUAUAUUUGUAUUGCUGUGCGAAUGACACUCCCAGAAACUCAGAGGCACAGUACAUGUAGAGUAAACCAUCGACGAAGCGACACCAUGGAGGUCGUGGACAGUCCGCUAAACCUGGCACAUCAGCAGUGCAGAAAGGCAGAACGUUUGGUCUCUGCUGGAAAGUAUGAAGAGGCCAUUUCCUGCCAUGGAAAAGCUGCAGAUCUUCUCACAGAAGCAAUGAAGUUAACAGAGUGUGAGCAGGCCCAUCUGUCCAUGGAGCUGCAGAGAGAUAGCCAUAUCAAACAGCAGCGGCUGAUUCAAGAACGCUGGAAGAGAGAAACUCGACGUGAGGCAACCAGGGCGCGACCCGGAGCCGGGCCAGGCCCCCUAACCCAAACCCAGCCGUCAGGCCAGCCCCCGGCUGCUAGCGCUGCCAGGCUCUCUGCUGAAGCAGGCGGAGGAGUCGGUGAGCGAGAGUACGACACCCUGCUUUACCAGUUCCAGACUCGGCAGGCUGAAGCCUGCCAGCGUUUCACUUCACCGUGCCCUGGCUCCAAAACCACCAAGGAUGAUAAAACCCGCCUGGAGGAGCAGCAGACCACCAUCGACGACCUGCGGCGCCUGGUCGACCAUCUGAUGAACGAUAACCAGCGGCUGUCGGCCGAGAACAAGCGGCUACGUUUGGAAAACGCCCGGCUGCAGUCUGAGGCCGCAGACUUUGGGGAGCGUUCUGAGCUCUGGGUGCUCCCUCAUGCAGCGGGUGCCAUGGGAACAGGAAGCGGGCAGGAAGGGAAGAACAGUGGGAAAAGCAAGGAGAUCGCUAUCCCUCAGCUGCCACCAUUGGAGAUGCCGGCUCAGGAAGAUCUGUGUCUGGAUGACCUACCGCCCCUGGAGCUGCCUGAAGACAUUAAGAACGAACUGCAGGAGAUUCUGGACAUCGACAAACUGGGAUGAAACAAUACUGAGCCACACAUACACACCACCAUCUUCAUCAUCAAACUACUAGCCCUCAUGUCAGAUUUGGGUCACUGACAGCUGGGUUCAUCUGGGUUAAACCUAAAGUACAGACAUGUCUGCUGUCUGCACUGUCAGGACAGGAGUGUCUCCUGGAGACUCACCACAAUGAUACCUUACCCAGGCUCUGUUAUUCACUCCUGUUCAGAGAUAACACCAUGCCUUGGCCUUUGUGACACUAAGAACAAAGUGUUUCAUAGCAGGACAUCAGGUGAGGAACAGAAAGCUGCAUGUAGAAAUGAUCUGCAGCAAGAGUUCAGGUCAUCUGGCUGUUACCAUGGAGAAUGCAGUCAACAACAUUAUAUUACCUUUAUGUUCCCCUCCAUCCUUCUGCAUGGUUGUGAAUGAAUGAGCCCUGCCCCUCCCACAACAUAUUUGAUUACUAUCCAUAUUUCUGCACACAAAUAAAGAUGCAGUGAGAAUCAGCUGCAGGUGAGCACAUUACUGCUGCUGUCUGAGAAUCAUGGCUGCAGAUUUCUACCACUGUAGCAGACAGAAAUUAAAAGGUUUUAAUUUUA